AUGCCGCUUUCAUAUAUAUUUGAAUCAAGUUUUACGUCAAGCUUGUUACGAAAACAGUGGCUUCAAGCUACGGUUUCCCCUAUUUUUGAAAAAGGAUCUACUUCAGAUGCUACCAAUAAUAGACCUAUCUCUUUCACAUGUACUAGCUGUCGUGUCAUGGAAAGUAUUGUUAGUUCAAGUAUCGCUGAUUAUCUUAAUAUAAAUAAUCUAAUAACACCUAAUCAACACGGCUUUUUAUCCAAAAGAUCUACGUGCACAAAUCUUCUAAAGUCAACUAAUGACUGGAAUAAAGUUUUAUACAGAAAUUUAAUUACUGACGUGGUUUACAUUCACUUUCAAAACGCAUUUGACUCUGUACCUCAUCCAAAAUAUAUAAAAUGA